AUGACAUAUCCAAAUUCAGUCACUAUUGAAGAAGAUAGUGAUACUGGGAGCAGUAGUGAUAGCAUCAAGGAAACAGGCCACACCAACCAGCAAUCUCAAUGCCCUGACACUAGUGCAAUUGAAAAAAAGAAGUUACCUCCAAAAGUUACAAUCGAUGUGCCUGGCAAGAAGAGGAGAUUAACUUCAGAAGUUUGGGAUUACUUCAACAUUAUUCCCAAAAAGGAUCCAAAUGAAGAGUUGAAGUGCAAAUGCAAGAAAUAUGGGAGUGAAUAUUCUGUUGAGAGUAAAAGUGGGACAGGUAAUUUGCAUCGACAUAUAAAGAAGUGUUUGAAAAUGACAACAAAGGACAUUGGGCAGUACCUAAUCACUUUUGACAAAGGUGCUCCAGCCACACGAAAUGCACAAUUCAGUCAAGAUAAAUUUAGAGAAUUACUUGUGCAUGCCAUAGUAAGACAUGAACUGUCAUUUUCAUUUGUGGAGUAUGAGGGAAUAAAAAAUGUCCUUACAUAUUUGGAACCCCAAAUUAAACAUAUCACUAGGAACACAGCCAAGUCGGACAUUAAAAAAUUGCAUGCAAAGGAAGUUAAUAGACUUGGUAGUGAAUUGCAUGGAUGUCCUAGUCGAAUAUGUUUAACUUCUGAUGCAUGGACAUCUAUUGUUACUGAUGGAUACUUAAGUUUGACUGCACAUUUCAUUGAUAGCAAUUGGCUGCUACAGAAAAAAAUUCUGAAUUUUUCUUAUAUGCCUCCUCCUCAUAAUGGUGUUGCCUUAGCUGAAAAAAUUUACAGCUUGGCUAGUAGUUGGGGUAUUGAAAAAAAUUUAUUUUCCAUCACAUUAGACAAUGCUUCUGCAAAUGAUUCUUGUGUUGCAAUACUUAAGAAUCAGCUUAAGUUGAAAAAUUCUUUAGUUUGUGAUGGUAUGUUGUUUCAUGUGCGAUGUUAUGCAUAUAUUCUCAACUUGAUUGUGCAAUAUGGUUUGAAAGAAAUUGAUAAAUCUGUGGAGUUAAUAAGAGAAUGUGUCAAAUAUGUCAAGGGUUCUCAAACAAGGAAGUUAAGGUUCACCGAAUGUGUAACACAGACUUCUCUUGAUUCCAAGAAAGCUUUAGUUCAAGAUGUUCCUACUAGGUGGAACUCCACAUAUAGGAUGUUGUCUAGUGCACUUUAUUAUCGCCUUGCAUUUUGUCACUUACAACUAAGUGAUUCAAAUUUUCGGUGUUGUCCAUCUCUUGAAGAACGGGGAAGAGUUGAAAAAAUUUGUGGCUUUCUUCAAGUUUUCUAUAAGGCAACAUGCUUUUUCGGGGUCCAACUGUCUGAGGAGUGCAAUAGUUCGGAUGAUUUUAUGAGGAGGAUUGGUUCCCAAAUGUUUGCGAAGUUUAACAAAUAUUGGUCCGAGUUCAAUCUCUUGUUGGCAAUUGCUGUGGAAUGCACUUUUGAUGUCUAUAAUGAGUAUGUGAAGACUUUGAACGUACCCGGUGCAUCAUCUUCAUGCUCUCGAGGCAGCAAUGAAAUCUAUUCUCAUGGAGCCAAGGACCAAGAAGACAACCAAUCAUUUGAUGUUUUAGAGGAAUUUGAUCAAUUUGACACUUUUGAAUUUACCUCUAGUGCACAAAAAAGCCAAUUGGAAUUGUAUUUAGAUGAGCCAAGAGCUAAACGAUCCUCACAUAUUAGUGUUCUUGAUUAUUGGAAAGCUCAACAAUUUCGAUUUCCAGAUUUGAGUAAAUUGGCAAGGGACAUUCUAUGUGUUCUAGUAUCAACCGUUGCUUCUGAAUCUACAUUUAGUCUUGGUGGUAGGAUUUUGGAUCAAUUUCAUAGUUCAUUUUCACCCCAAAUUGUUGAGGCUUUAGUUUGCAUUAAAGACUGGUUGUUUGGAGAUAAAAGUAAAGGAUCUCUAAAUAUGAAUUUGGAGGAUUUAACUCAAAAUAUCAUGUCUCUCAAUAUCAACAAGGAUGAGGUUGAUGCAACAACAAUUGAGGAUUCAAAUUCUAAUGUUGUUAAUCUCUAA